ACGCGAAUCUGCAAGACGUGGUGCGGAUUGCUCGCGAAAAAAUCAAAAUUGCUAAUUUCAAUGCAAAGGAUUACAAUGAAAUCGCUUGGCAAACACAAAUGGAUAUCAAUUAAAAAAACAUGUAAUCGGAGUGCCAGUUGUCAAUUUAAACGGGAAAGCGCGUGGAAUCUGGUUUAAAUAUUCGAAAUAUGUGAAAGGCGAUGAAAACUCGCAAAGAGGAAAACCAAGUAUCCUCAAGGAAAAUAACUCAUUAUUAAAUGUAUAUAAACACCCGAAUUAUAUCGUGAAGAAAUCAGUAAUUGAAUAAUUUAAUUGCUUUAAUUGGCUUAAAGAAAAAUGUGGCGGUGCCUUUAAGUGAAAUUUGGAAUAUUUUAAAAAUUUGGCAAUAUAUAAAUAACUUUAUAUGCACGAGAUAAAAUCUCAAUUAUGAGCUAAAUGAUUAUGAAAUAUUUCUGAUGUGAAAACAACCAAAAUUAACCAUUAAAAUUCAUAUUUUGGCUUUAAUUACCAUUUUUAAUAAGUAAAGAAAAAAUCACAAAACGUUAAAGUUCAAAUGAAAAUGAAACAAAUCUUCGUGCUUUGCAUAUUCUCACUCUUUGCCAAAGAUGCACAAACUUUGCUCCUAAGCCAAAUGGAUUGGAAGAAUCUGCGAAACAGUGGAGCCUUGGACUUAAAUGUCUUACGCUGUUUUUUGCGAGACAAAAACUAUUGUCCCAGUCCACAUAUCGAUCACCGUCUGUAUGCUCCCAAUGGACCGCGUCGUGGAAUUCCGUUAAAUGUCAAGAACCCAAUGUCCCUAUACAAAGGUGGAUUCAACAAACACCGCGAAACUGUCUUCAUAAUUCACGGAUUCAAUGGGACUGCCAUAGAUAUUCACCUGCAAUUUCUUAGGGAUGCUUACUUAUCGCGGGAUUUCAAUGUCAUCACCGUGGACUGGCGACCUUUGACACGCUAUCCGUGCUACCUCCACUCGCUAAUCAACACCAGACUAACGGCGCAGUGCACCGCCCAGAUCUACGCCUUCCUCACCCACUACGGUGCUGCUCCGGAGCGAAUCACAUGCGUGGGUCACUCCCUGGGCGCCCACAUUUGCGGCAUGAUCAGCAAUCACCUGACGCGAAAACAGUACCGCAUCAUUGGAUUGGAUCCCGCACGGCCUCUAAUAGAGCGCAUGAAGAGCAACAAGUUUCGGUUGUCCAUCGACGAUGCCAACGUCAUACAGGUGAUCCACACCAAUGCCGGAUUCCUGGGCCAGGAGGACAACAACGGGCACCUCAACUACUGUGUCAACGGUGGACGCAUACAGCCGUUCUGCAAGGGAAAUCCAAUCAGGAAAUCGCGGUGCUCGCACUUCUUGAGCAUCUGCUACUUGGCCACUGCCACGUUCAAGCACAAGAAGUUCAUGGGAGUACCGUGUCCCAAUGGCUGCCUGAAUCUCAGUGGAUCCAAGCGACUGCCAGUAAGCGGAAAGGUGAAUCCCUUCGAGUUCGCAUCGCUGAUAAGGGAGUACCACAUAGGCAACGACGCCCCCGAUGACGCCCGAGGCUGCAUUUGCAUUGAUGUGCCGUAUGCGAAGCACUGCCCCUUUACGGACGCGUAGGAGCUGGUCUUCACGGAUAUUUCAUUACAGAUGCUUGGCCCAACCGAAUAUUUACUUUCAAAACAGCCAAGUGGAGAAUGGCUCUGUCUUGGCUAACAAACGAUAAAAGCUGUAAUUGAGUUACAAUAUAUUACACGCCGUAAUAUUAUUUAAAUAUAUAAAUAUUGGUAUCAUUACGAAAAAAUAAAAUAGGAAAACCAUGUGACCAAAUGACAAAUGCAGAUGGUUUUGACCAUAACUUGGGCAAAAAUGGCCGCACAGCUAA